AUGGCCCCAGCGGAAGUUAAAAGGGAAGGUGAUGAUUAUGAUAUUCCAAAUGAAGCAGAUGACAUUCGUUUGAUUAAUGAAAGUCGGGCAGAACCUUAUCAUGGUUGCGAAGUUGGUCCGAGCAAUGAAGAAGCAACCAACAUAAACGUUGAAGAUAGUGGAGCUGAUGUGAAAAAAGAAAUGGUUGACGAUGCUCAUCGCAAUGACAUAGUUGUCGAAGAUGGAGAAGCUUUCUACAAUGCGUAUGCUAAAGCCAAGGGAUUUAGUAUACGAAAAUCCAGAUUUAACACAAAUAAAGAGGGAAAGGUUGUUAGUAGGCUGUGGUUGUGUUCAAGGGAAGGUCAGAGAUUACCAAAAUACUUGGACCGUGUUGCUGAGAAGAGUAGAGCUCCCAAGGCACUAACAAGAGUAGGUUGCAAAGCCCAAUUUCGCAUACGGUAUGAUGCAGAUGCUGGUGAAGGGGGAAAGUAUGUUGUGACUCACUUCGUUGCAGACCACAACCAUGAAUUGGCGGAACAACACUGUGUGAUGUAUCUGAGGUCACAUCGCAUUUUAAACAGCGCUGACAAAGCUCAAGCAAUGGCUAUACGCAACGUCGGUGUGAAGACUAGCCAAAUCAUGGACUAUAUGGUAAAUCAAUCCGGGUCUUAUGAGAAUGUUGGUUUCGUCUGUACGGAUCUGCACAACCAUAUUCAAGCCGAACGUAGAGCUGAAGUUGAGGAUGGUGAUGCGCAGGGUGCGUUGGUUUACUUAUGUGCAAAACUUGAUGUUGAUGCACGUUUUUUUUACAAGUAUGGUGUGUGUAACGAUAACAAGUUACAAAAUCUAUUCUGGGCAGAUUCUAAAUCGCGGGCCAACUACGCAAAGCACUAUGAUUGGGCUCUUGCAAGGAUAAGGUAUAACGAGGCUGGAGAUGAUGCUGAAACAAAUAACACUUUUCCGGUUCGGUUCAGCCGAAUAGUGGGUAGUAACUCAGAUGCAGAUACAACCCACAUAACUGACCGUGAGUACAAUGCGGAGUCAUUGCCCGUUCGCUGCAAAACUGGGUUGGUGGAUCCAAGUACACUGCACAUUAAGCAAUGGCGACUAUUUUUCGAUGUUUCUCCUGAUUCCAAACAGCCCGUUGGCCAAUGCGUUAGUGUUGACGCAGCAGUGUGCAAAAAUGAUUCGACCAUAAUUGAUGAGGUGAAUCAGGUAGACAGUACUAGCUAUUGA